AUGUCUUUUCUGUUAUCAACAUUUCGAUUGAUUAAUACGAAUGUUUUAUUAUCAUCGAAACGUUUAUUACAUUUAACACAACCAGUUGGAUUAAAAAAAAUUACGGAAAAAGUUCAAGGUAAUGUGACAACAUAUGAAGGAGAAUAUAUUGAUGAUAAUGAAAGAAAUGUUUUAAAAUUAUCUGGACCAGAAGAAGUUUGUAUUUGGUGUAAACUCGAUCGUCGAUCAAUUCAUAUUCAACAUACAGAUGUUCUUGUACUUCGCCAAUAUCUUCGUAAAGAUGGUACAAUUCUUCCGCCUGAAAUAACUGGUUUAUGUCCUAAACAAAAUGAAAAAUUACAUACAUUAAUACGACAAGCACGAAUGACUGGUUUAAUAUCAUAUCCAACUGUAGCUGUGACUAAACGUGAACCAUUACUUGUUGAUCCAACAUUAAGACCUGAAUUUGAACAAAAUAAUUCAUAUUGGGAAAAAUAUGAAGUACUAAAAAAGAAAGGUCAUUAUUUAGGACAAUAA